AGGAUUUAUUAGAAUCUCGGAUAAAUAAUCUAAUUAUAUAGUUGAUUUUAGAAAUAAAACACCGUGAAUUGUAAUACGAUCCAUUUGCAGGAAGACAAAACAAAAUUGCAUAAACAGUAAAAUAUUCGGCUUAAAAUAACCACCCUUAAAAGUGACAGAUGAAUGACAACAGUGGGCGUGCAUGAUGUGCGCGGCAGUGUGUGCGUGUGAUUUUUUGACAGACGCUGUGUGAUGUGGUGGUGGGUGUUGUCAGACGGGGCAACGGACGAGCAGAUAAAUAUUGCAAUAAUAAAAUGAGUCACAGUGCCGUCGGAAAGAUCGAAGCGAGAAUAAUUCAUACAAUCAAAAAUAUUUAACAAUGGGUGCGAAGCAAUCACGCUGUGUAAAAUAUACGAACAAAAGACGAUCGUUGAGGUGAGAAGUUUUAGGGUUUCUCCCACUUCGGCCCAACAUCCACGUUAUCAUACGUCAUACAUACAUAUAUUUCAAAACCUAGAAUUAACAGAAAAAUAAAUCAAAUUAAAUUAAAUAUAAGACUAAAGACGUCAACGAUCAAUCCGUUAUCUAUGUAAAGCGAGGUUAGGGAAAGGCGGCUUGAGGCAUGAAAAGCCCUGUUCUGCAACGUCUAAACGGAGCAGCCUGCUCCCCAGGGACUCCGGGAACCCUCGGAGUCCCUGGAGCUGUGCAGGUAGGAGCAGCGCCCUGCUUGAUAUCAUGCCACACGGAUUUGGCCAACAGUUUCCAAGUGUUGAAAACCGGGAGGCGAGAACCCGGCGGCUACCUUGCCAGCACAAUAACCUCAAAGAUGAAUGGUGGAAAGCAACAGUUAGUGUCAAUUAAUGGGGAUUCGGUGCGUUGCGACAGUGUGGAAAUGGAUGAAGCAUUGGCCUGCGAUGUUACCGCUGGAGUUCCAGCCGCAAAUAAAGCACUCUGCGUUCAUAUACGCGAAAACAAAUGGUACGAUGCAGCCAACGCAGUUUCAAGUGGCACCAGUCUAAACAACGCAUUGGAGAGCAUGUCCCUGGCAUAUAAUCCAUCGACGAAACAACUCUACGCACUUGAUGAGCUUGACACAUUACCAGAGGAGCGGCAAUCUGGGGAUCUAGAAUCCCUUAGCAAUCAAUCGGCCAGCAUUAUAGCCAGGAUUGAUGCCGACGGCGCCAAGAAUGAUGUGGCCAGUCUGAACAACAGUCCGAGAAGUAGCCUCCCGCGGUCCUGCAGUAGUACGGUUUCAUCCCUGAGCGAAGCCUCGCCUUCCGGGAGCUUGUUGGGUCCGGAGGAGCCGCACAUCUCGCCUGAGAAACCCAAGCGCUGGCCUCUCACUGGGUUCUUUACCAAAAACGUGUUUUCUUGGAAGCAGAAGGAGCCUCAACAGCAUUCGACGCCGUCAGGAAGUCCGUCAAGAAACGCGGACAAGGUGGGAGGCAGCUCAGCGCUCAUUCCACAGCCUAGACCAUCUAAUUUACCAGCUAAGAGCGCUCUGGAGGAAGAGAGUCACAGGAAACAGUAUAAUGCUAUUAUUGAGGCUGCAAGAAAGCGGGAAUUGAAGGAGGAAAAGGAGCGCAGGCAGCAGAGAGAGAUUCAGCUCAAAGAGGAAGAGAGGCUUGCAGAGGAUUCAUUAAUAUGGAGUACGCAGGUCUUACCUAAGUUUGAAUCGCUCAGAGAAACUAAAAAAGUCAGGGAAUUAUGGUGGCGAGGACUUCCCCCCAGUAUAAGAGGGCGGGUUUGGAAGCUGGCCAUAUUUAAUCAGCUUAACAUAACUCCUCAUCUGUACAAUUUAUGUCUAGAUAGGGCAAUGUCGCAUCCAGCGAACGAGUGGCUGGCCUCCAUAAAACUUGAUGUAUCCCGCACAUUUCCUACACUGUGUGUUUUCCAAGAAGGCGGACCUCUCGCCGAAAGUCUGCAAGGGGUUUUAGCUGCGUAUGCUGUAUACAGACCAGAUGUUGGCUAUGUUCAAGGCAUGAGCUUCCUGGGUGCUGUAUUGUCACUUAAUAUGGACCCAGUCGACGUUUUCACUUGCUUUGCAAACCUCCUAAAUCGUCCUUGUCAUAGGGCAGCUUUUACCUUGAACCAAAAACAAAUGAGUAUAUAUUACAAAGUGUAUUCAAGCGCACUUGCUCACAGGUUGCCAAAAAUCUAUGCUCACUUUACCGCCGCUGGUCUUAGUCCUGAUCUUUAUCUCCUCGACUGGCUUUACACUGUCUAUGCUAAAGCAAUGCCUUUGGAUGUUGCCUGCAGAGUUUGGGAUGUUUUUUUGAGGGAUGGAGAUGAAUUCCUCUUCAGGACGGCACUUGGUGUACUCCAUUUACACCAGGAUGAACUACUUGGUAUGGACUUUGUACGUGGAGCUCAAUUCCUCACUAGGUUACCUGAGAAUCUCCAGGCUGAGGCCCUUUUCAACAGUAUUAGUCAAAUGUCUACCACCGUUGGCACCAGCACCUUUCAACAGAUGCUGGCUCAAAUAUCUUAGAAUUUAAUCAUUAGUUCUCAGUUUCCUUAAGCGUACCUUACUAUUCAGCUACGAGCUUGUAACCGCUGUAGUGAAUACAUUCCUGAUGAUGGCCUGGUUUACAUUGGAUGUACUUGAGAGAUAAAAAUUAUGUAGCGACUCAGAAAUCAUGAGAUAUUGGCGAUGGAUAAUUCGUUAUGGUAAUGAUGGAUGGAACGAUCUAUUAAAUAGUAAGUAUACAUUGGCUAGUGUAAUACGAUAUGUAUGUUUGUAAUGAUUUGUGCGAAUCGAUGUGUGAACUUUCGAAGUAAAUGUUUUUUGAUGUUAGGCAGCCCCUGACACUUGGGCAAUAAUAGAGUUCAAUACAUAACACGAUCAGAAUCUGUAUUUUCCGUUUCCAAUGAAACUGCAACGAAGUCAUUGAAUCGUUUUAACGUAAAUGGUGGUGCUAAAUUUUAUAAUGCUGGUGCAAAGCUGCUGGUAUUAAUGAAUUAGUUAAUCAAUCUAUUAUCGAAGACUUUGGAAAUUUUGAGGUAUCUAUAUACAUAUAAAAACAGGCGACUGCAUAGCGAUAAAUUUCGAAACUGCAUAUACGAUAUAGGUAAUAAUGAAAAUUGUAACUUUUGUAUAUAACAAUUUAUUAUUUUUUAUGGAAGUAGCGGGGUCGAUUUGAACAUGCCAUGGUGAGAUUAGUGGUGACGAAACACACUCUGCAGCCUGCAAUGCUGUCAUUUAAAAAAAUUCAAAAUUAUGGACAUUUUUCAAAUAUGCAUGAACCUGGAGCGGUACAAAAGCUCGUACUUUUGGAAAUCUGAGAAGCUAGUAGUAAAAUAUUUAAGGUAACGUCUCGAGUUGGGCUGUGAAUUGCGUUAUAAUCGCAAUUAUUUAAUUUUUCACUCGUCAGUUGAAUCAACUCCGCUAAUACCCCUAAAUAAUCGGAACUAUGGUAACAACGUAAAAUACUUACAAAUGCUGCAUGGUUAAAGCAAAAAUGCUACAGAGAUCUGAACGGCGAUUCCUAUUUUGCGUAAAGACAUUUUUUCCCAGCGAUCUUCGUGAUGAAUUAUCAAUUUAAUUAUUAACAUACUAUACGUACGAGAUGUAUGGGAUAGAGGAAGAAGAAAUUGAUUCUCAUUUAUGAGAAAAUGCACACCUAUAAUAUCAUCUUGUGCAAGAAACUAGAAUAGAAUACCCGUGACAUGGAGUCAUAAUGCUACUAUUUAUUAUCUCGUACAUGGUAGAAAAAAAAAAAAGAAUGCGUAUAAAUUCCGAUGGUAUUUUUCUUCUGCCCGUUGUACGUAAUAGGCUUAUGUAACAUUAUUUGCACGUGAAAUCCACGGUGAUUUUUUCUCAUAUAGAAAAGGAACAAGAACAUUUAGCUUAAUUCUCGUAACUCAGUACCGUGCUGUUCCAUAAAAUAUAAAUUUAUAUUCGUUAGAUGAAACUGAAACACGUAGGCGAAGUGGAUGAUAGUUUUUAUUAUAUAAAUGUCCCAGUCCUCGCUGACAAUACUCGAAAUCCAUCCGACGAAAAAAUAAAUUAUAGUUAUAUCGAUGAUAUUCUCAUCUCUAAUAUUGUAUAUACAUACAUGUUGAUUGAAUAUUAAGUAAAGACGAAAGAUAACAAUACUCGGUUGGUACGUAUGCGUUGCAGAUAUCCUACAUAUAACAUGUAUCAUAAUUAGUGUAAUAUUAUUUAUUUAUGUAAGCUUUUCUACACCUGUGUAGUAGUAUAAUGAUAAUAAUAAACGCGGACUUAUAGAAACGUCACAUACAAUUAUGUAUAUUUUCCAAUAAAUCAAAAACGAUGAAUAUAUUCUCGUAAAUGUAAUGAUCGGUGUAUAAAGAUAUAAUGAUAUAAAGAUGACCUACCAUGUUAUAAUAUGUAACACACGACAUUGUAAUAUCCGAAUGAAUCUAAUAAUAAUUGUAAAUAUAUUAUAAUUACAGCGGCGCUGCAGAAGGCGUCAGCCGGCUUCCUGUCUUUGCGUGUAUAUUUUGAAUCUCACAUAUAAUAGCUUUUGUAUGACGAAAGGAAUAGUAAUAAAAUCGAUAUCAAUUA